UGUGUGUGUGUGUGUGUGUGUUCAGCUUUAUUGUCUUCUAGGCACAAGUCAAAAGGCUACAUGACAAACAUGGCCGGCUUCCGUGUGCGUUAAUGGAAGCUAACGCUGCUCUAUCGUUGACACUCCCACUUUUCGGUGCAGAUGCCCCGCAGGGCGCGCGCCGGUCCCGCCAGUGUUUCCCCGUUGGUAGAAGCGCGUUAUUCUCGCCAGGGGAUUGGAGCAGCAGCGUGUCAGUAAAGUCACCUCACUCACAGUUGGAAGUGUUUUGAGACGCGCGGCGAGACACCGAGACACCGUGAAAGCGACAGAGAGACAGCACGAGAGCGCAGCGCUUUAAUCCGUCAGCGCCGGACUCGACGUCACCCGAAGCGACAGCGAGCGCGCGCACUGGAGAUUUAGCGUCGCGGGUCAUGGAGGAUGAGAUGCUGGCGGCGGACAACGGUCUCUCGGAGCCCAAAAUGGGCGGCCAGCCGCGGAGCUUUGCAAGCAGGCGUGCGAAGGCGAGGCACGAUCGACCCACCAUGGUGGAGAUCCCACAGCUGGGGGACGGCGCGAGCCAGCGGCGCGCUCACGCCAUCGCGCACAGUCAGCCGUAUCCGUAUCAACAGCGACUACAGCUCCAUCAUCCAACCAUCCAGCAAACGCAACAUCACUCUCCAUCUGUACAUCGCUUUAGCGGGGAAAUGAGGCCCAGAGUCGCGACCUCCUGCUCAGCAUCAGCAUCGUCAUCGCCAUCAGUCUCAUCAGCGUUAGGCAGCGCAGCGGCGUUCUUCGGCCGCCAGGGGAGAGUCCGAUACCCCGCGGGCCACCAGUCUCCAGACUGCAGUUACGAAAUCAGCUCAGAAAACCGGCUGAUUCUGGACGCAUUUGCACAGCAGUGCAGUCGGGUGCUCAGCCUCCUUAACAGCAAUGGCAGGUUGCUGGGACAACAGCGGGCUUUGAGCCCUUCAUCCUCCUCCAUCAACUCCAUUAUCAAGCAAGAGGCUGGAUGUUCACCUGAACCUGCUCUUACCAAGCCCAGGCCUGAUGAGUCCAAGACAGGCAGCGUGGAGGACGAGGGUCAACACAGGCAACAGUGGAACUCGCAGCACACCUCAACCCUCCUACAGGUCUUCACCGAGUCUCUGCAGAACUACAUGCUGGCUGGAGCUCAAUCUUCUGAUAGCGAACGCUGCCACCAGCCCGAGCCUGAACCAGCAGCACCCGCAUCACCAGCACACAACCUGGGAGGCUGGGCAUCUCCGGCACCCUCCGACUCCUAUGGACAUCCUUCCUCCACCCUGCCUGAGGAAGAAGAGGAAGAGGAAGGCUGCUGCCCACGGUGCAUGGAGCUGGAGCAGGAGGUGCUGAGUCUUCAGCAGGAGAACGAGGAACUGAGGCAAAAGUUGGAAAGUGCUCCAGUGCCAUGUCAGACAGUGCUGGACUUCUUUAAGUCUGUCCUUGGACACUACAACCAGUUCAUUCCCCCGCCGCCUACUGAGGAGCAACUCACUGAGACUUGUGCAAGGAGUGCAAUGCAGGAGUAUUCAAACCACUACGAAAUAAACAGUCAUCAGAGACCGAAAACAGAAGGAAGUAAGCAGCUGCUGGGAAACUAUCCUCUCUUCAUCACCAACAAACAGUGGGACGAGGCAGUGAACUCGUCGAAGAAGGACGGGCGUCGGUUGCUGCGCUACCUCAUCCGCUUUGUGUUCACUACAGACGAAUUGAAGUACUCAUGUGGCCUGGGAAAGAGAAAACGCUCGGCCCACAUGAGCGAGACAGGACCAGAGAGACGGCCGCUCAACCCCGUCAAAGUCAGCUGCCUCAGAGAGUUUAUCCGGAUGCACUGUGCGUCAAACCCUGACUGGUGGAUGCCGUCUGAGGAGCAGAUUAACAAGGUGUUCAGUGACGCAGUGGGUCAUGCACGCCAGGGCCGGGCUGUGGGCACCUUCCUGACUGGAGGUGGAGGCAGUGGUAGUGGGAGCAGCAGCAGCGGUAGCAGCCUUUAUCUAGAGGGUUACGAUGGACAGCUGUCUCAAGACGAGCUCUUUAUGAAGGGCUCACAGAAUGGCAUCAUGGACUAGGACUUUCUGAAGAGGACUGAGACUAAAUGGCUGUUUUGCACCUUUAGUAGAGUAACUUCUACUGUCAGACUGCUGUAGCCACAUUUAUGUUGGGUUAUUGUGUCCAGGAUUUCAUCUUGACUUAGCAGACAAAAUGAAAACUGAACAGCAUUCCAGAGACUCACAUUCAAAAACACAUUCUGUAUAGCGGGAUAUCUUUAUCGUGGUGAUGGAGCACCCCUGUGGUGUACAUUUCAGUGUUUUCCUUUCUGUAAAUCACCCAGUUCAGGGUUGUUAAUAAACUGUUAAGAGCAAGGAAAAUGAACAAAAUGUGCAGGACAGGUGUUACUCCAGAUCCAAGAGUGAGAAACACUGCCCUACAGCAUGCACUGUAAAUUAAUUCCUCCAGGCUGCUUGCUGUAAUAUUGUAGCACUGUAUAUAGUGUAAAAGCCAAGUCACAGGUCAUCGUCACAACAGUGUGUUUGUCAGGGCAUGGAGUCACACGUGGCAUGGAGAAGUACACAAAUCAUCAAAUCACCUAAUUUAAGCAUCAUUUUAGAAAAGACAUUUUAGAAAAGAUAGAAAAACAAACACCUAUUAAUAGUAAUGAUGUUCACUGUAAAUAAGGAUGUGAGCUUCCUAAUAUCUGAGUCUGUGUAUGCACACACAUAACAUAAUAACAAGGUGCUAUUCUCACAUUGCAUUCUAUAUAAUGAAGAACAUAUCAGUGAAUUUACUCCUAGAUGAGGAAGUUCAAAGUAUCACCUUAUAUUCUGUGGUCACAUGGUUGUUGUGGUAUAAUCAGUUUUGUGCUAUUUGAUGGAGUCGAUUCUGACAUGUGUCCAUGUUUGUGAAUAUAAAAGUGAGGACAUGGCAACUUGUUUCUUGUUUCUAGGGGCCAAGCUAAUAUAAACCAUAUGAUGGGUGUUCAGGAAAAUUCUAUAGAUAUGUUUUCUGGCCUGAUUGAAUAUACUAUUAACUGCAAAGACGUGUGCGACCAUAAAGCCUGAACUUAUCCAUGGGUCAUUGUGCAAAGCUAAUUCUUUGCUUGUAGACAACUCUGAGAUGCCUUAAACAGAACUCAGAUGUCAUAUACUGCCAAUUUCUGUCUGCUGGGACUUUACAUAUGCUGAAAUAUCUGACUGAUCAUACUGUUAGCAACAAAACUAGCCAAAAUUCUAAACUAUUGCUAUUUCUGAGGUCUUAACUGAGUUUAAGAACAAUAUAGGAGACACGUGUAAGCCUGCCAUUUGUGUGUGUGUGUGUGUGUAUGUGUGUGUGUGUGUGUGUGUGUGUGUGUGUGUGUGUGUGUGUGUGUGUGUGUGUGUGUGUGUGUGUGUGUAGGAGAGAGAGAGAGAGAGAGAGAGAGACAUUCUUUACUCUGGUUGUGUUACCCUGUUGUCCUAUAGAUAGGAAUUGUGUGGACACUGUGAAAUGAACCAUAAACUGUUCUUUGUCCUUAAAUGUAAAUAGAAUAUUGCUAUAACAAGUGUCAACAUUUGUUGGUGUUUUUCUUAAAUAAUAAUUUAAAUGGAAA